UCAAAACCCUAAUCUUCUCUGGUCCAUUUUCUCUCUCUUCCCCUACCUCAAUCUCUCAGCACCAAAAUCUAACCCUAAUUUCAAUAAAUUCGAUGUAAUUUGAAUCAAUUUCCCUUCGUGGUUGCAGAGGAAGAGCCAUAGAAUCCAUAUACUAUACAUGCAUACACAUCUAUAUAGGGUGAGAAAAGUUUUAUCCGACGAUAUGACCGAGAAAGAACACGUCAGGAAACGCCGUCGUCUUGCCUGGGACGUCCCGCCUUCCGAGCAACGAGAGGUUGGUUCGGUUCGUCCUCUGUUUAAAAUUUUAGGGAGGAUGUUCCGGCUCCGGUGAUGCUGCGUAAUGAGGCGUUUCGUCGACAUAUCUCGCCGCCGAGGAGGGAGGACGAUCGUGAAGGGCAUUACGUGUUUAGCUUUGGGGAUAAUCUCACUCCAAGAUAUAAAAUUCUUACCAAGAUGGGUGAAGGCACAUUUGGUCGAGUUUUGGAAUGUUGGGAUCGUCAAACACGAGAAUAUGUGGCAAUCAAGGUAGUUCGGAGCAUACGCAAAUACCGUGAAGCAGCGAUGAUUGAGAUUGAAGUACUUCAAAAUCUUGCAAAGAAUGAGGGAGGCAGUUCACGCUGCGUGCAAAUCCGAAAUUGGUUUGACUACCGUAAUCAUAUAUGCAUUGUGUUUGAGAAGCUUGGACCAAGUUUAUUUGAUUUUCUAAAGAGAAAUAAAUACUGCCCAUUUCCUGUGGAUCUUGUUCGGGAAUUUGGACGUCAGCUUUUGGAAUCUGUAGCAUAUAUGCAUGAUUUAAGCUUAAUCCACACUGAUCUGAAGCCAGAAAAUAUACUACUUGUUUCUUCCGAGUAUGUGAAGCUCCCUGGCUGCAAGAGGAUGGCUUCAGAUGAAACACACUUCAGGUGCUUGCCAAAGUCAAGUGCCAUUAAGCUGAUUGAUUUUGGUAGUACUGCAUUUGAUAAUCAGAACCAUAGCUCGAUUGUUUCCACAAGGCAUUACAGAGCACCUGAGGUUAUUCUAGGACUAGGAUGGACUUAUCCAUGUGAUUUGUGGAGCAUUGGCUGUAUACUUGUCGAACUUUGCUCGGGUUCAGCAUUGUUUCAAACACACGAGAACUUGGAGCAUUUGGCAAUGAUGGAGAGGGUUUUGGGACCUCUUCCAGAGCAUAUGGUUCGAAAAGCCGAUCGUGGUGCUGAGAAAUAUUUCAGGCGAGGAUCACGUCUGAACUGGCCUGAAGGAGCAAUCUCUAGGGAGAGUAUCAGAGCAGUGAAUAAGAUGGACCGUCUUAAGAAUCUGGUGUCGCAACAUGUUGUUGGAGCCUAUAGAUUCUUGCUGAUUGACUUGUUGCAUGGAUUACUGAAGUUUGAUCCCUCGGAACGUAUCACAGCGCGGGACGCCCUCAACCACCCCUUCUUUGAGAAUAUGUCAUGAACGGGGGGUUAUAUUGGACAAGGACCCUGCGAAGUAGGUCCCCGCUUGGCACAGGGUGCUUGGCAGCAUCUCCCAGUUUGUUUGUUGACAGACCACGGGAUGGGUAUUCUCACCUUUAAAAUGUAUGUUGUUGAUGGUAAGGUCAAGGCCUUGUAUAGUAGUGUUUGUGCUCUUGUAGAUAGCAGCAACAUAAGGCAAAUAGAAAGACAGAUAAAAUGGUGCAUGGUGCUGAAUGGGGCAUAGGUUUUGGAAUUGGAAGCCUUGCAAGGGGAGCUAAUUUUGGCUACCAUAAUGGAAAAAUGUGCACCCUUUUAUUUACAAA